AUGUGGCAGCGGACACGGCCCCGACCCCGCGCGCCCUGGCUCUGGGCGCUGGCGCUGCUGGCCCUGGGCGGCGCAGGGCUGUGCCACGCCGACCCUCAGCCCAGGCACCCCGCGCGACCCAGCGCCAGGAACAAGAACUGGUGCGCCUACAUCGUGAACAAGAACGUGAGCUGCUCGGUGCUGGAAGGAAGUGAGAGUUUUAUUCAGGCUCAGUACAACUGUGCCUGGAACCAGAUGCCCUGUCCGUCCGCGCUCGUUUAUCGUGUGAAUGUCAGACCCAGAUAUGUCACCAGGUACAAGACGGUGACACAGUUGGAAUGGAGGUGCUGCCCUGGCUUCAGGGGAGGAGACUGCCAAGAAGGUCCCAGAGACCCCAGGAAGACUCCCCGCCCCACACCCGCUCGGCCGAGAAACAGCGUGAAGAAAGCCACAGACAAUGAACCAAGCCGAGUCUCAGAGCCUGAGAAGACUUUGUCACCAACUCCUGCAGCAGAACUAAGUCGGACCAUAGAUCCAAAACAGGGGCCCCUAGAACUUCAGGAAAAGAAAAUCCAGGUGCUUGAGGAGAAGGUUCUCCGACUCACAAGGACGGUUCUUGAUCUCCAGUCUUCCAUUGCUGGAGUGAAUGAAAACCUCAAACACUCCAUUCAGGAUGAUGCCAGCAAAAUGCUGGCAUCGUGGCUCAGUAACCUGCACCCCCAGCCAGUGCCUGACAGUGCUGUUGGUGGAGAAGCAGAAACGGUCCAGCUUCCUGGUGUCCUCAGCAAUAAGGAAUCUGGCAUGAAGGACAUCAAGUCUGAAUUGGCUGAAGUCAAGGAUGCUCUGAAGACCAAGAGUAGCAAGCUGGAAGAGCUGGAUGGGAAGGUGAAGGGCUAUGAAGGGCAGCUCAAACAGCUCCAGGAGGCGGCCCAGGGCCCUACGGUCACCAUGACGACCAAUGAGCUCUACCAAGCAUAUGUCGAUAGUCAGAUUGAUGCCCUGAGAGAGGAGCUCAUGGAGGGAAUGGACAGGAAGCUGGCUGAUCUGAAGAACUUGUGUGAGUAUAAGCUAAUUGGUCUCCAGCAGCACUGUGAUGACUAUGGGAGCAGCUACCUGGGAGUGAUGGAGCUUAUAGGAGAGAAGGAAACCAACCUGAGAAAAGAAAUCAGUGACCUUCGAGCCCGGGUCCAAGACCCUCCAACCAGGGCAAAUUGCUGUGACGGUGCCAAGAAUGGUGACUUUGGGCAACAGAUCAAGAUGUUAGACCAGAAAAUUGAAAGAGUUGCUGAAGCGACCAGAAUGCUGAACGGACAACUAGACAAUGAGUUUGACCGCCUCAUAGUUCCAGAGCCGGAUGUGGACUUUGAUGCCAGAUGGAAUGAACUGGAUGCAAGAAUCAACGUGACAGAGAAGAACGCAGAGGAACACUGCUUUUACAUUGAAGAAACCCUCCGGGGGACCAUCAGUGGGGAGGUAGAUGACUUGAAGCAGCUUCUUGAUCAGAAAAUACAGUCUCUGGAGGAGCGGCUGGGGAGCUCUCUCUUGGCGAUGCCCAACGGCUCGGAGGCAGAACUUGCUCCCCCAGCGUCAGCCCCGCCUGAUGGGUGGGGGACUGGGAACAAACAGGUCAUGGUGGAGUUAAACCACCUGAAGGACAAAGUGCAAGUGGUGGAGGAUAUGUGCCUACAGAACUUCCAGGGAGAGCCUCGUGGGAGAGAAGAUACUUUGCGAAAUGGAGACGACCCUUCAGCAGGUGACACUUUGAGCCUUUUGAAAUCUCUAAAUGACACAAUGCAUAGGAAGUUUCAAGAAACCGAGCGUAGCAUCCAGAGACUUCAAGAGGAUUUUAGUUUUCUUUAUUCUCAACUAAACCACACAGAAGACCACGUGAGUCAUCUUCAUAAUGAGCUGAGCAGUGGUAGAGAAGGUAAAAAGGCUGCAGGGCGUGGGUCUUCAAAGGGGGGUGAACCCCUCCCGUCUCCCCCGGCCGCCUCGGUGCAUUGCUGCGACCAGCUGGAGGAGAGAUGGCAGCGGCUGCAGGGCCAGGUCCUUGCCGAGCUGGACACUUGUAAGGAGAAGACACAUGGGGUCCAGAGGGGGGUCUCCAUGGUGGAGGACAGGGUAUCUCAUAUGGAGAAAACCUGCAGCAAACUGGACUCCAUCUCAGGAAGUAUUCAGAAAAUCAAGGAAGGGCUCAACAAGCAUGUCAGCAGCCUCUGGAGUUGUGUCAGGCAGAUGAACGGGACGCUCCGGGCACAUUCCAGAGACAUCUCUGGCCUGAAGAAUUCAGUCCAGCAGUUCUAUAGCCAUGUUUUCCAGAUUUCUACUGACUUGCAAGAUCUGAUCAGAUUUCAACCAUCGGCAACAGCACCCCAGCCUCUGCCCCAGGGGAAGGCCCCGCACCCGGCAGAGGCCCCCACCAAGCCACCUGCUCCAGCGCUGACCCCUCCACCGCCGACCCCUCCACCGCCGUCCAAGGACCCUGGACAGCAGCCGUACAUAGGCCAGCAGCCUGUCCUGCCCAAGAGACGCCCCCGGCCACUGCCCCCGCUGCUGCGGCCAGGCUGGACGGGGCUGCCCUUCUUGCCUGGCUCCACCGGGGUCAUUAUGGAGACUGGAGAGGCCGGGCCCCCGGGCAGGAUGGGCAUGUCGGGGCGAGGACUGCCCCGGGGCGUGGACGGCCAGACUGGGCAGGGGCCCAUCCCCAGGGCCGAAGGCUACGCGGGAGCACCAGGGUACCCCAAGUCACCGCCUGUAGCCUCCCCAGGGGUCCCGGCGCCGUCUCUGGUGUCCUUCUCUGCGGGGCUCACCCGGAAGCCUUUCCCCAGCGAUGCGGGCGUCGUCCUCUUUAACAAAGUGCUGGUGAACGACGGGGACGUGUACGACCCCAGCACCGGGGUCUUCACAGCUCCGUACGAUGGGCGCUACCUGAUCACGGCCACGCUCACCCCCGAGAGGGACACGUACGUGGAAGCCGUCCUUUCGGUCGCCAACGCCAGCGUGGCACAGCUGCACACGGCCGGCUACGAGAGAGAAUUCCUGGAAUACCACCGGCCCCAGGGGGCUGCGCACACUUGUGGGGGCCCGGGGGCGUUCCACCUUAUUGUGCACUUGAAGGCAGGGGAUGGCGUCAACAUCGUGGUGACCGGGGGCAGGUUGGCUCACACAGACUUUGACGAAAUGUACUCCACGUUUAGUGGGGUUUUCUUAUAUCCUUUCCUGUCCCACCUCUGA